UAACUGACUGGCCUAGAAUUGCCUUCUUCCUGAUUUCACAAUUUCCACACAAGUGCAAAUCUCACUCAACAUUUUUGCCCUAAUCGCUUUCGGUUAACAAAUCGGAGCAAUUGAGAGGCAGAGGAAGCAAUUAUGGAGGCAGAGUACAAGGAAUCUGGAAUGGAGAGCGGCAGUGGGAAGGCGGUGGCGGUGGCGAACAAGCGGAAGAUGAGGGGAUGGGACGUCAUACUGAGAUUCUUCGCGCUGGCUCUCAGCCUCGCCGCCGCCGUCGUCCUCGCCGUCGAUAAGGAAACCGUCGUGGUUCAGGUCCCCGUCGCCGCCGCACUGCCGCCGCUCAGCGUUCCCGUCGCCGCUAAGACUAGCUACCUCUCCGCCUUCGUAUUUUUCGUCAUCGCAAAUUCUAUUGCAUGCGCUCACGCGGGGGUAUCGUUAAUCCUCGCCCUGGCAUACCAGGGCGAGAACAAGGCCAUUGCCCUAACGGUCUUAAUAGCCGACUUGAUGAUGGUGGCGCUUCUUUUUUCGGGGAUCGGCGCCGGAGUGGCAAUUGGCGUAUUGGGAUACAACGGGAACUCGCACACGAUGUGGGGCAAAGUAUGCGAUAAAUUUGACAAGUUUUGCCACCAGGCGGCGGCGGCGUUCGGGAUCUCCGGCGCGGCGGCGCUGCUGUUCUUGCUGCUGGUGGUUCUUGCAACUUUAAACCUCCACAAGAAACACUAGAAUUAAUUGGGGGUUGUGUGAGAAAAUUAUUCUAAGUGUUACCAAAGUGGUUCUUAAUUCUUGCUAUGUAAUGAUAUUUUGUGGAUUGGAAUCUUUGUGCUUUGUGUGUCGGAUUAUGUUUUGUUUUAGUGUUGUAAGGACCAAAUGCUUGAUUGAUGCAUUAUUAAUACUACCUUCGAUUGUU